UUUAUUCUACGAAAACAGCUGAUUUUGUUGCUAUUUAAUUUUGUGAAGUUUUUACCGGCCGAUAUUUCUAAUCUAAAAAAAUGUCUAAGGAUAUUAUUGUACUGACUCCUAACGGGAGGAGACAAAAAGUUCACUGUACUCCCAAUACAACAUUCUUACAGGUCUUAGAAGAUGUUUGUCAGAAGCAAGGGUUUCAACCAAAUGCAUACGAUCUAAAACAUCACAAAAAUAUAUUGGAUUUAACCACACCACUCAGAUUUUCUAACCUGCCCAACAAAGCCUGUCUUGAGAUGGUAGAAUCUGAGAGGAAGCGGGAAGAAUCCAAUGUUACCAUCGGCCUUACCUUGGAAGAUGGAGAGAGGAGAAUGGCAGAUUUCUUGCCAAGUGUGUCUUUGUACGACAUAGCAUCGUCAUUGGCGCCUAAGGAGCUGGAAGUGUACCAGAACCCAACCAUGCUGUACAUGAGACAUGAAAUAGUGGGAGUGUCGGCAAUGAAGGACAAAACAUUGAGACAACUGGGCCUGCUCGGGGGACGAGCAGUACUGAGGUUGCUCAAUAAAUCAGAGGAACAAGCUGUGCAAGCUAAUGUAUCAUCAGUGUACAGAGCUAAACCACAACCUAAACCAGAGAAGGUUUCAGAAGAGGUGAAAGAUGUUGAGAUGAAAGAUGUAGAGGAACCAAAGCAGACUGCAGAGCCUACCCCCAUUGAUAAAGAUCAGAAAGAUUCAUUCAAGCAGAAACCUUUAUUUGUGAACCCAAUUGAAGUUUUAAAGCAAAAGAAAAUGGAAUUAUUAGGCCCACAUCAUUCUCAACCUCCUGAAGACAGCCAUAUGAGCAGUGAUGGUGGUGCCACCAGCAAACUUACACCAAUAGAUACAACUACUAUGGAAACGGACCCACCUGCUUCCAGCUCUAAGAAGGAUAAAGAUGUUUCUAAAGAGAGUUUAGAAAGGAGGCUUCUGAUUGAUAAUGAAGUAACUUUUAUAGGUGAAAACAAAGCCAUAGCUUUCACCCAGCCCAAUGUGAUUGAGCAGGAGUUGGAAGACUUGCCUGACGAUUUCUAUGAUCUAUCAGUGGAGGAGGUGCGCCGCCUGUACAGCGACCUGCAGAAGCAGCGGGCGCAGCUCGAGAACGCUCCACUCAUGUUCGCUAGUCACAAUGCAGACAUACAAAAAGAGGAAGCAAUAAAAAAGGAGAAUACCUACAAAAAUGCAGUAAUUCGCAUUCAGUUCCCGGACAGGGUGAUCCUGCAGGGCGUGUUCUCGCCCAAUGAUAAAAUUGAAGAUGUUGUUAACUUCGUGAAAGGCCACUUAUCGAAUCCUGAAAGGGAUUUCCAAUUAUAUACAACACCAUUAAAGGAGAGUUUAGAUCCUAAACUUACGCUUUUAGAAGCGAAGUUCGUUCCCUGUGUCCACGUCCACUUCAAAUGGCUGACCGGAGACACCUCCGGACGCUGUUUGAAAGAGGAUAUUUACUCCAAACUUACUUCUGGUGAAGCGGCCGGCAUUCUAGCGUCAAAAUAUAGAGCACCGAGCCGCAGAAAAAUGGAUGAAGCCUCAACGUCGGCCGGUCCAUCUUCUGCCAAACCCAAGAGUAAUAAAGUCCCCAAGUGGUUUAAGUGAAAGAUGUGAGUGAACUUUUGUAUGCAGCAUUUUAUUGUUAUUAGAUCUAUGUUAAAAAUAUAUUUUAUACAUUACAAAAUUGUACGCUA